CAUUCAAGUGCAGGAGCAUAAUAUGAUGUUAUCUAUCGUAAAUUUUUCACACAAAGCAGGGUACUUUUGUGGUAAUAAUUUCAUGUUGAUGAAAAAAUCAAGAGUUGGUGUUCUACUGACAAAUUUUUAAAUUAUAUCUGUUCUUUAAAAAGUAAACAAACAUGGCUACUCAAGACGUAAAUCUAUUGGAAGAAAUUGACUUUCAUAUUAAAGAUAUUGGAUUUGCUGUCAACAGUAUAGCUCUUUCUAAAGUUUUACCACAAGCCACGGACAAUGCUUGUAUUAAUAUCGAAACAAAAGAAUCGGAAAAAUUUACAAUUAGAUUAAACCUACAAGGUUUCCAAGUUAUUGGCCACGAUUUUGAUACUGAUGAUAAUGGGUCCGCAAAAUAUCCUGUUGCAUAUGAGACAAUAUACAGCUUACUUCAAAAUAUAAGUGCAAGUUAUGUGGACUCAUUUGGAGGAGCCUUGAUGAAAAAACUGGAAGAUUUAGAUAACGACAAAAGAAAUUGACAUAGUUAGGAUUUUCUUGUAUAUACUUUAUGAAGUUAACUUUAUCAGUAAAAUAUAGCACAGCUGGUUAAGUUUGUUUGUAUUAUUGAUUGUACACACAAAAAUAUAUUCAAUGCACAUCUGCUAAUUCGAUUGCUGUUGGAGUAAUUAUUUACCUGUUUGAUGUUAACACCCUACUGUCAUAAAGCUUUUAUUUUGUUAGCUGUAUAAUUCAAACGUUUGUUAAUUUGGAUUUUGAUGUCUUUUCGAAUUAGCAGUUAUGUACUGAAUGUAAUAUGGUCAAAUCUGUGUAUUCGACACAUAAGAAUAAUGCUUUAUGUUACAAGUUGCUUCACAGAGAUACUGCUUCCCAGAGAUACUUAAGGUGCAUGUGAAUGUGAUUCAUUUACAUUGGUUUCUUUAUCCAAGGUUGCGUUGUAAUAGAUUUGACUGUAGUUGGUUUUUAACCUCAUUUUUAACCCUAGCACAGUAGUAAAUUUUGAAGUAAUAUUCUGUAGUCAUUUAUAUUGAUGUGUAUAUAUGUUAAUCAAAUGUAUUUUUGAUGGACUAUGUAGUGAAUACAAAGCAACUGAUUAACCUGACUUGUGCAAAAAUAGUGUUAGUUUGAAAAAUUCUAAUGAUUUCAUUGGUUUAUGGGUCAUUUAGGAUGGUUUGAUGAAGCCAUACUAGAUGGUUUUCUUAGCCAUUUUUAAAAUAGUACCAUAAAAAUGUAAAAAAUUAAAAAACAGGUUUUCAUAGUGCACAAAAAUAUAAAAGUCCCUACAGCCUUUCCAUAAACAAUUCAUAUUAUGCACUUGCAGAGUUUUAUAAAAAAGUAUACUUUGAAGAUGUAUUGUUUCCUUUCUUGGUGACUUAAGAAUAGCAAAUGCAGAAGAAGAAUUGCUUCAGUUGCUUUGUUUAAACAAGAAAGCUAAAUUUCCACGCAAGAUGCAGGUAGCUAAAAAAAAUAAGACACUCAACAGAUACUGAGCACAAAGCACGCAAUCUGGGACUGUACUUUUUUCAAUUGUACAAUACAAAAUCAAAACCAUUCAUUUAACAUUAUAAUGAUUUUAACGACUGAUAGUAUUUAUUAUUUGUGUUUUUAAUUACUUUUAUGGAAUAACUAUAUUCUAUAAUUGACUGUUUUUUUAUGUAUCACUAGUUGCUAGCCCAUGGAAAUCAAUGACCAUACACGGGAAAAUCCACAGGAAUUUGCCCUAUGUUAUUCGCAGCUACCAUUUUGGUUCACAGACGAAAAAUGGAGUAUUUUAAUAUAGGCAGUGGUAAAAAGCUACAGCUCCAAUGCAUUUAAAGUUUAAACCCUUUUGGUAUAACAUUUAUAAUUUAGUAUUACACACAAAAUCAGAAAUUUGGUAUAUAUUUUUUCGUUUCUACUUGCCAAGUUAGUAGCUAUAUAUAUACUUGUAUUGAUUUUAUUUUUUGCGAUCAAAAUCACUAUUUAUUGUA